CGAGCAUACAAUAACAUACACUUGAAAAGUCUUUGGAAACAUAUAUAUGAAUCAUCACACAAUUAACGCUCACCGCACAGAAAUAACACCAAGGUACUAUUCCAUGGCAGCAGCAGCUUUGAGUGGUUGUGGUUGUGGUGGUGGUGGUGGUGCAGUUACUCUGGUGGUUGUCCUGUUUUCUGUGCUUCAUUUGCUGAUGAGCUUUGGCGUAUGCACUGAUAGCCUAGAUGUUCAUUGCUCUAAUACAACUUCUGCCAAUGAAGUAAAGAGUCUUCGUGAAAUAGCUAGACAAGUCAGAAAACCUGACUGGAAUUGCUCAGCAGAUCCCUGUAUCAAUAUCUCAACCCCCACUUGUUGGAACACAAAAGAUGAUUGGAAGUUUUAUACCAAUUCCAUAAACUGCACAUGUCAUAAUAGCAGAUGGCAUGUCUCAGAUAUUAACUGGAGGGGCCAAAAUCUUACUGGUAUCCUUCCGAGAUCCCUCAGAGAGCUGCCUUACCUUAAGAGAAUUGAUCUCUCAAGGAAUGUCCUUACUGGGACAAUACCACGGGGAUGGGCUGAUGCGAAAUUGGAGUUCGUGUCUCUGUUUGCCAAUCGACUGUCAGGACCAAUUCCAAAAUAUUUGGGGAAUAUCACCACUCUCAUAAACCUAAGCAUUGAGAGUAAUCAAUUCAAUGGAACUAUUCCCCCUGAGCUUGGGAACUUGGUCUACUUAAGCGAACUAACUUUAAAUGACAACAAACUUACAGGAAAGUUGCCUUUGGAGUUGAAAAAUCUGGCCAAUCUAAGAGUACUUCGAUUAAGUAGCAACAACUUCAAUGGGAGCUUGCCUGAUCAUUUUGAGAAUUAUUCAAAACUCCAAAAGCUAGAAAUGAUUGGUAGUGGCUUUGAGGGACCAAUACCAUCCAGCAUAUCAUUUUUGCACAAUAUAAAUGAAUUGAGAAUCGGUGAUUUGAAUGGAGAGGGUUCUAAGUUUCCACCACUGCGAAAUUUGACAAAACUCAAUACACUGGUUUUGAGGAACUGUAAUAUUACUGGUGGUAUUCCCCAAUAUAUUGGAAAUAUGCAGAAAUUGAAGGACAUAUUGGAUCUUAGCUUCAACAAGCUGACAGGCUCUGUACCGUAUAUCCCUGCACUAAAAGACUUGAUUUUAACAAGCAAUAUGCUAAAUGGACCAAUACCCAGCUGGAUCACCGACACAAAUGGUUAUAGCCACGUAGACCUUUCGUACAACAAUUUUGAUGAUACCCUUGUAGAAUCUCUUUGCAACAGAGGAACUCUAAACUUGUACAGAUGCAAUGCAAGGCAAAAGACCUUGGAUUCAAGUGCUUGCUUGAGGAGCUUAAGAUGCUCAAAAGCUCGAUAUUCAUUGCAUAUCAACUGUGGAGGACAACAAACCACCAUCGGAAAGAUCACCUACGAACAAGACAGUGAACCUAAUGGAAAUGCAGAAUUUUUCAGAAACAGCUCAAAGAAGGCUGACUGGGGAUUUAGUAGUACUGGAGAAUUCUGGAAAGCUGAAGUUCCUACAAAUAUAGCACGGAAUUCUUCGAUAUUAAGAAUGAAUGACACACAGUUGUACAAAGAAGCACGAAUCUCUGCUACAUCUCUAACCUACUAUGGCCGUUGCUUGGCAAAAGGGAACUACACUGUGACCCUUUCCUUUUCUGAAAUUGUCUUUACAGAUGAUGGUUCAUACACGAGCAGUGGUAGGCGGGUAUUUGAUAUUUUUAUCCAGGAAAAGUUGUAUGCCAAGGAUUUUGAUAUUGCUAAGGAAGCGAAUGGAACAAAUAAGGCUGUCAAUAAAACUUUCAGAAACAUACCAGUAACAAAAUCAAUAGAAGUUCGCUUCCACUACACUGGAAAAGGGAGUAUACGAGUUCCAGAUCUUGGAAAUUAUGGUCCUCUUAUUUCAGCAAUUUCAGUGGAGUCGCAGUCCAACCCUCCUUUUGACUGGAAAAUAGUCAAGUGGGUUCUGAUAGGAGUUACAUCAUGCCUUUUUGUCAUAGUGGUUGGUAUUUUUUGGUGGAAACGCCGUAUGGCAAAUAUCCGAGCAAAGGAACAAGAGUUGCGAGUGUUGAACCCACAAAUUGGUCUCUUCGCUUAUAAACAAAUCAAGUCUGCCUGUAACAACUUCAAUGCUGCUAGUAAGUUAGGAGAAGGUGGGUUUGGACCUGUGUUUAAGGGAACCUUGUCAGAUGGUACACAUAUUGCUGUCAAACAACUUUCAGCCAAAUCAUCCCAAGGGAAUCGGGAAUUUGUGAAUGAAAUUGGUAUGAUUUCUAGUUUGUAUCAUCCUAAUCUCGUGAGAUUGUACGGGUGUUGUGUUGAUACAAGCCAGUUGGUGCUGGUGUAUGAGUACAUGGAGAACAAGGACCUUGGACAUGCUCUCUUUGGUUCAGACCAUGUUCAGUUGAGAUUAGAUUGGCCUACGAGGAAAAGGAUAUGCACAGGUAUUGCUAGGGGUUUGGCCUUCCUGCACGAAGAAACAAGAAUAAAAAUGAUUCAUAGAGACAUCAAAGCUACAAACAUAUUGCUUGAUCGUGACCUUAACCCAAAAAUUUCAGACUUUGGGUUGGCAAAGCUUAACGAAGAGGAUGUUACACACAUUAGCACUAGAGCUGCUGGAACAAUAGGAUACAUGGCUCCAGAAUAUGCAUUGCGGGGGUAUUUGACACCCAAAGCUGAUGUUUACAGCUUUGGGGUUGUUGUCUUAGAAGUCAUGGCUGGAAGAAGCAACAUGAAAUUUCUGCCUGAAGAAGAUUACUUUUGUCUCCUGGAUUGGGCCUUUGUUUUGAAACAAAAAGGAGACUUGAUGGAACUGAUGGAUCCAACACUGGGAACUGAUUACAACAAGGAAGAAGCAUCAAUUAUGAUUCAAGUUGCACUACUAUGCACAAAUCCAUCUCCAGCACUUAGGCCUACUAUGUCGGCAGCACUAAACAUGCUUGAAGGAAACAUCGCGGUUCAAGAACUAAUUCUGGAGCCGAAUAAAUCAUAUGGUCAUGAGUUGAUGUAUCUUGGAUCUAAGAAGCUGAAACAACUGUCUGUAACUGAAACUGAAACUGAAAGUCAAAGUCAAAGCUUGAUACAUACGUCUGAAGCAGCAAGAACUGACUCGUUCUUCACACGAUCUUUAUCCAGCUUUUCUUGAAGCAUUCAUCCAUGGUUAGCCAUGAGCUGAGGCACACUUAGUUCUAAAUAUGGUUAGAAAACAUAUUUGUAUUAUGGAUGCCCCUAGUUGUGCUCUUCUUUGUGUGUGUAAACUAUCUUUAAAUUCAUUCUGAUAUGAACAAUUGAACAUAUAUUUCUUUGUAUUAAAUAAAUGGGAGAGGGCUCUUCCAAGGGCAAGAUCCACAACAUCUGAUGUUAACAAGGGAAUAUGAGGUGAGAUACUAGUAUCCUACGUACGAUUCUACCAAGUAUUAGUAUAUGGUAUAUGUAUUAUUGUAUAAUACAACAGCUUUUAAUCAUCUUAAAUUAAGUAAAUAUUUGCAAAAUGUUCA